GGAAGUGACUUCAGUGUGUGAUAGCAAGGGGAAAUUGGCACCAAAUAAGCAUGCAGCAGCGGUUCAACAAAAAAAGAAGUGGUUCGCAAAAAUGAUUUUAUUCUCACGGUUGUACAGAGCUCCAGCGCCUGCAAUCGUAGUGAGAACAAAAAAGAAGAAGGAAAAAGCAUCAGCAUCUAUUGAGAAACAAGGGGGGACUGCUGUUGCUUUUUUGUUGCUAUGUUGGUUUGGUGCUUCUCAUCGUUUGCUUCGUUUAUUUAGCGUCAAUGAUUGCAUCGACCGUCGAUUAGUUUUCGCCACGAUCACGUAAAAUCCCUCCCUUCCUCCCUCCCACUGCCGCUUUCCCAUUGUCGCGAUCCAUUAAAAACCGUUCUCCCUUAGCCUUCUUCUCGAGGAUGGCCCCGAAGUGGUGAGCCCCGAAUCAAGUCCAUCCUUUCCGAUCGAGCCCAAACAUCUUUGCUUAUCUACGGGGCACGUCGAAUGGAAGAUUUUGUCGGUGUCGCUUUUUUGCUGUUGUUAGUGUUUGGUCAUUUGGUGGUUACCUUCUGCCCUGGCCGGCGGACGGCUCUAUGGCUCAAUAUCCGUGCCAUUUCGUGGGAUGCUAAAAGCAGUGGAAAGCGAAGAGACGCGGGUGAUCGUUUAGUUAUUUUUGUGUUAUUUUUUCCUCAUAUUGGCGUACAGUGAUUGCCAGAAAUGGUCGUGCUGUUGUGGUGUUGCGCCAGCAUAGGAAAUCGAGUUCAAAUCCGAAACAAACAGCACACCAAAAGACGGAACAAGUGGUCACUCGGUCGGCACUGUAGCACUGGAGUGUUCAUUUCUUAAUCGUUCGCUUAUAACAUCGAUUUCGUGGUCAGCGCUUUUUCGCCCAUUUGCCGCAAGCCCAAUUUGAUUAUUAGCGCGUGCACACUACCCUUCGGCAUGCUCGUGUGUAAGGUUUCACGUCACUGCGUGUGUGUGUGUGUGCUUUGUGUGUGUGUGUAUCCACACUAUCCGACCAGAAGCGAAGAGGGAAGGCGCAUUCACAUCUCUAUAUAUGUGUUUCAUUAUGUUUUUUUUUAUUUUAUUUUGCGUGCUUCAUAUUUAUAUUCGCUCGCCAAUAUUCGCAAACCGCGGCUCAUCGUCGGGGUUUCGGUUUUCGGGCUGCUGCUGCUGCUUCGCUUAAUGCCCUACACCUUUUGGCGGCAAACAGGGGGCAGGAUGGUAUGGUCUGGGACCUGAGCCGGUGGAAAGGUGGGGUGUGCAGAAUUUUAAUUCCAGCUCACUCUCUUUCAUCUCCCGCCGACCACGGCGGCGGCGGCAGCAGCAGUGUGUGUCCGGUGUGCCCUCGUGAAACGAGCGAAAGCGCAGUGAGAAAAGCCCCGUUUUGCCCCAUUCAUAGUGUCACCGUCCGGACGGUUGGUUCAGUUUUUCGGCGGCUCCCUGCUUCGACGGUUGCCCUGCUUUCGGCUUUUCCCUCCCAAAACGCCCAGUGUACGUGCGUCCAUGUGUGUGUGUGUGUGUGUUUUUGGUGGAAAAACGUUUCAUGUGUGUUCGAAUUUUUCCACUACUCGGGAAAACCCAAUUUUCCAGCGCUUGCGAUCGAAACCAACACAACAACAAAAAACCAUCCCCAAAACACACUCCGCCACACUCCGUAUCGUGAGCGGUGAGCUUGCCAGAGCGGUGCCGGGGUUAAGUUUAUCGUCACCAAAUGCCGGAAGCAGCCAACCCUUCCAUCGACCAUGUGAACCUCCAGCAGAGCGUAUGAGUAGUGCAAGUGUCCGUGUGUGUGGGUGUUGUGUGUCGUUUUGCAACUACCUGCGGAUGCACCAUUCGGUGUGUGCGUGUGUGUGAGUGUGCGUGUUGUUUAAUUUUGAGUGAUCCAUUUCCGGCCCUGUCGUGGGGGAGCUCGCUAACGUGUUGUGUGUGUAUUUUGAGAGCACCACCCCACCGGCGACCCCACCAAGUGAGUUCUCGGGCGUUGGGGGUUGUUGGCUCACCUAACAACUGGGAGUGUACAUCCUGUGUCAUCGUGCGGUUUGUGGUUCCGAUUCCAUUUCCGACUCAAAAUUUGUCAAGGGAAGCGAGAGAAAGAGAGAGAGAGAGAGAGAGAGAGAGAGAGAGAGAGAGAGCGAAAGAGAUUGAAACGAAGAAUCGAUUUAACUACAUUGCAUCAGCUAAAAGAAAAAGACGUCCAAGGUUUCUGGGUUUUUUAAUACUGCAACAACUGAUACCCAAGUUUUGCCAGCGGAAAGUAAAUCAUAAGUAUGCGUCUGGUACUGAUUGUGAUCUACCUGAUACUGAUAAUGCCCAUCACCGGCCUGUGGAGAGCCGAAGGUAGCAAUGUGCUGCUCGAUCCGGACCGGGUCUGCGAAAGCAAACACCGGAAGUCGCGACGCCUUUCGGGGAAGCUGGCCGACAUCUGUAAAAACGACACGUCUCUAAUGCGUGAAAUUCACCGAGGCAUCAGUUUGGGCUUUCGGGAGUGUGAGAACCAAUUUCGACACAACAUGUGGAACUGCUCCUGGACCAUCAAACGUAGUAUGCGCCGAAUUCUGGCCAAAGAUACGCGCGAGACAGCAUUCGUGCACGCGAUCACGGCCGCCGGUAUAACGUACGCGGUGACGAAGGCUUGCACGAUGGGCGACCUGCUGGAGUGUUCCUGCCAGAAGCACUCGAAAUCGAAACCCUCGGACGAGGGAGGACGGCGUGGUGGACGGGGCGGCGCUGGGUACCGGCCGGCCGGUGGCAAUCGUCGCCGCGUCGGCGGUGGCAACCGGGCAUCCAACCCGAACAGCAUCCUGAUUGCGCCCUAUCAGCAAAAUGUCAAUGCGAAUCCAGCCUACAGCACGCUGACAGCGGCCGAGAUUGCGAGAAAUGGACGGGCGCAGGCAGUGGGCCGUCGGCCCAACAGCGGACGCUCCCAGCGGCAUACGCCCAAGGGAGCGAAUGGUGGUGCUACCGGUGGUGGUGGUAGCAGUGCUGUUGGACAGUUGGGCCCGAAUGCCGCCGGUUUACCGAAGGAGCUUCCCACGCUCACGAUACUGACCGGCCAGGAGGACAAGUGGAAGUGGGGCGGCUGCGACGAUAAUGUAAACUUUGGCGUACGAAAAUCGAAAGACUUCCUCGACGCGCGGUUGCGCAAGAAGAGCGACAUCAAGACGCUGGUCCGGCUGCACAACAAUGACGCGGGCCGAUUGGCCGUCAAGCAGUUCAUGCGCAUGGAGUGCAAAUGUCACGGGCUGUCCGGGUCCUGCACGACCAAAACCUGCUGGAUGAAACUGCCCCCGUUCUCGGAGGUGGGCGCCCGGCUGAAGGAACACUUUGACGGCGCAACCAAGGUAAUUGCGCGGAACGAUGGGCACAGCUUCAUGCCGGACGAUGCGACGAUCAAGCUGCCGACCAAGCGGGACCUGGUGUACACGGAGGACUCGGACGACUUCUGCGAGCCGAACGCCAAGACGGGCUCGCUCGGGACGCACGGCCGGGAGUGUAACAUCACGUCGAGCGGCGUGGACGGCUGCAGCCUGAUGUGCUGCAAGCGGGGCCAAACGCACAGCCAGAUGGAGGUGAAGCGCAACUGCAACUGCAGCUUCAAGUGGUGCUGCGAGGUGACGUGCAGCACCUGCAUCGACAUACAGGAUGUGUACACCUGCAAAUGAGUGGUUCGGUCGUUAGUAUUGGGUUAGAUGUUUUGAGGUUGAGAGUAGAAGCUAGAGAGCUCUAGUACAACCACGGCGAGUGCGAUUUCGCGUCCCCAAGUGGUGAAAAGUGUUUGUGUAAGUUAUCAGGGAAUAAAGGGAAAAGAGGGCAAACAAAAACUGGAGGAAUGCAGGAAGAAAAGUUGGAAAGGACAUACAAAAGAUGGGAAAGAUGAGCUAAAUAAGAAGGAAGGCGGCAGGUAUGCGUCAAACUAGAAAUGUUAAAGACUGACUGAAAUUAGUUGUGAAAUUUAAACCGAAUUGAGCACCUUUCAAUAUUGCGUGAGAACAGUGCAGUAAGAAUGAUUGGAAGAAAAAAGAAAGAAAGAAAGAAAGAGAGAGUACAGAGAGGAAGUAGUGAAGCAAGACACUAAAAUGUGCGAAAAUAACAGUUAUCAGAGAGCAAAUACUGAGUGUACAUACCGAAAAGAGGAUUUAAAAAACCCAGCAUCCCUCCCCUUUACAAGUUUCCUUCCCUUUCCUUAAAAAUCAUGUAUUAAUCUAAACUCUAAUGCUUUUUGUGAUCUGUGGUGAACACACUACCGUAAACCGAUUAUGAUAUUUAUUGUUAAGUGCUACACGAUCGUGUACGAUCGAACGAUGACUGUGCAUGCGCGAACGAAUCGAACGAACGAAUUUAGGGAAGAAGCGGGGAGCGGGUGGUCAUUUCUUUUUUGUUUUGGCAGCAGAUGAUGAUCAUAAUAAAAUGCAAAAAUCAAACAACGCAACAACAGAACCGCACACCGAAA